AUGGCUGCAACUUCACCACCAUUGAAAGAUGAACUUGACAUUGUCAUCCCUACUAUAAGAAACCUAGAUUUCUUAGAAAUGUGGAGACCAUUCUUCGAACCUUAUCAUUUGAUCAUUGUUCAAGAUGGUGAUCCUACAAAAACCAUCAAUGUCCCACCUGGUUUUGAUUAUGAACUUUACAACAGGAACGACAUUAACAAGAUUCUUGGUCCUAGAGCUUCUUGUAUCUCAUUCAAAGACUCUGCAUGUCGUUGCUUCGGUUACAUGGUUUCCAAGAAGAAAUACAUCUUCACCAUUGAUGAUGAUUGUUUUGUUGCUAAUGAUCCAUCUGGAAACAAAAUCAAUGCGCUUCAGCAGCAUAUUACGAAUCUUCUGUGUCCUUCAACACCUUUGUUUUUCAAUACUCUCUAUGAUCCUUUUAGAGAAGGUGCGGAUUUUGUUCGCGGAUACCCUUUUAGUCUUCGCGAAGGUGUUCCUACAGCUAUCUCUCAUGGACUUUGGCUCAACAUUCCUGAUUAUGAUGCUCCUACACAGCUUGUCAAGCCACUUGAGAGGAACACUAGGUAUGUGGAUACUGUUUUGACAAUACCAAAAGGAACAUUGUUUCCAAUGUGUGGAAUGAAUUUGGCAUUUGAUCGUGAUCUCAUUGGACCAGCUAUGUAUUUUGGUCUCAUGGGAGAUGGUCAGCCUAUUGGACGAUAUGAUGAUAUGUGGGCUGGCUGGUGCUGCAAGGUGAUUUGUGAUCAUUUGGGGCUAGGAAUCAAGACUGGACUCCCCUACAUCUUUCAUAGCAAAGCAAGUAAUCCAUUUGUGAACUUAAGGAAAGAGUACAAAGGGAUAUUCUGGCAGGAAGAGAUCAUUCCAUUUUUCCAAAAUCUCGUUCUUUCACAAGAAUGCACAACUGUUCAAAAGUGUUACAUUGAAAUGUCAAAGCAAGUCAAAGAAAAACUUGGAAAGGUUGAUCCUUAUUUUGACAAAUUGGCAGAUGCUAUGGUCACUUGGAUUGAAGCUUGGGAUGAACUUAACCCUUCCAAGGCAUCUUAG